GGUGCUUUGUCUCUCUUCCUGUCACUGAGUGUUAUUCGAAUAACUACUCUACCUAGAAGGUCCAAUUUUCCAGAUUCUCUCGUUUCAAAUAAUUCUGGGUGAUGACAAUGGAAGGCUGCUCCACAUUCAUUCUGCUUUAUUCUCUGCACUUUCUAAAUAUAGGCUCCCAGGGCAUUCAUAUACUACAAGAAUCACAACUUCCUUAUCAUGGAGAGGAAGUUGGUUUGCUUUCAGAAAGUCUUCUUCAGUUUGGUUUUAUGUUCAGCAAAGAAGUAAACUACACAAAGGAAAGUAUUAAGAACAUUUUUGAGCAGCUGGAUAGUUUCAACAUGUCCCUGGCAAAAAUGUAUACGCAGGUGAGACAGAUAGCUAAAGCUGGAAAGAAUCUUAACAAAAAAGCAAAAAGCCACAUAAGCAAUGGCACUAUGUCCCAGCUUGUUGCUGAGCUGAGUGAAGAGCUCGCAAGAGUGCAGAUACAUGGAGCAUCUUUGGAGAACAAGAUCAAGCCAUUGGAAAGAAGAAUGCAAAAGGCUGUAAAUAUCAGAAAAAAGGACAAUUCCCAGUCCAGUACUGCUGAGAUUCUGUCCUUCCUUACAAGGCAACAUAUCCGAAUAGAGGCACUUAUGGCAGUUGUGGACAUCCAUCAAAAACGGAUCAAUACCCAAGAGACAAAAAUUCAAAGAUUACUGAGAAAGACUAGACCAAGAAAAAACAAAAGUAAAGAAAAGAAUAAUGAAAGGGCUGGAGAUGCAGUUUAAAUUGUAGUCCACUAAUAAACAACUAUUGAAAUCCUGUAGAACAGUCGGCAAACUGACAGCUGUAUUUGCCUCUUUCAUGUAUUUUCCUGAUUGCCUCUCCAUGACACUAUUUUUAAUGUAUUGAUAUCAAUCACCCAAGUGUUUUUCCAUAUAAAAUAUGAUUAUGCAUUAGUGUUUAGAAUAACUGCUUAUUGAUAUUCCAGAAAUAGGGGAACCAUAAAUAUGCACCAAUCUACCCAUUUCCCAUGCCUAAAACAAGUCCCUGAUGCCCCCAAUUGCUUUCCCCUCAUCCUUCUGUCUCCUGCUCUCUCUUUUAAAUCUCUUUUCUCCAUUCUACACCAUUGCUUGUAAUUGCUGCUGUAGCUCUUUUAUUUCACAUUUUAGAAUAUUAACAUGUGGUUAAGAAACAGCCGCAGAGCAUACCUAGUAUGCAAAUUCAGAAGUAGUCACUGCAAAGAUAAAAACCUCACGUACAUAUACAGAACUUAUAUUAUUACUGAUGUAAUGUUGCAGAUAUCAGCAACAAGAAUUGCAAGAAUUCUACAUUGAACUAUAUGUAGUAAAUAUAUUUUCGCUUAUACCUGUCAUGUUGUACUUGUGUUCAUUUUUGCAACUUAAACUGUGUAUUAUGUAGACCUGCCUCCAUUUAUUUUGUAUAUAUUUAGAUUAUUCAACAUUGUUCUAUUCAGCAGGACAAUAAAAUUGUUAGCUUUCUGCAAGAUGAAUAGGACAGAACUUGCAACAUAAUAAAUUGUGUAUAUUUGUCUAUAA